AUGAAGUCAAUGAUGUUCGUACUCGCCGCGUGUCUGCUGGGCGUAGCACUCGCCAGCCCCGUGGAAAACCUCGGCGACAAGGUGAGCGUCGCCGAGCAGCAGUCCGCGACGACGCUUACCGAGCGCGCCAAGUACGAGGAGGAGCUCCUGCGCAAGCUCAACGCCAAGUGCUCGCACAACGACAUAAGCAGCUGCGUCAUGCUCAAGCUCGUCACUUACAUGAACAAACUGCUGAAGAAGGCCUCGAUCGAGCUCACCGAUGACAUCGAGAUCCGCAAGACCAGCCUCGCGACCGAGGAGGUCGUCAGCUUCCAGUCGUCCGGACGCAGCGGCCAGGACGAUGAGUCCGAGUUUUUCGAUUUGAUCGCCAACAAGGUAUACGCCUUCGUCAAGUCGCGGAGCAUCAAGUGGAGGUUCCUGCCCGAGGACGACGUCGUUGUUUCCGCCAAAGAGGACGAGAACGGAUCGCUCAACCUCGGCUUGUCCAUCGAACGCACUGAGAACGCUGUUCAAGAUGGCCGUGGCAAGAAAAACAACAUGGGCCCACUGCUCGCCGCAGCUGUCUUGAAAAUCGGCCUGAUCGGUGGUCUUGCGUUCAAAGGACUAGCUCUUCUGGUUGGAAAAGCCCUACUCCUGUCCAAGAUUGCCCUCCUGCUGGCUGGUAUAAUCGGCCUGAAAAAGCUCUUCUCUCACCAGAAACACGUGACCUACGAGGUCGUGGCCCACCCACACCACAGCGCAGGUCACAUCGAGAGCCACGGACAUGGUGACUACUCUGGUGGUUGGGCCAGAACUUUCCAGGAACGCCAAUCCGAGGCUGCCCAACAAAUGGCCUACGCGGCGCACAUACCCCAGUGA